UGCCACCGUUCAUUCAUGUGCAAGCUGGGGGGGCAUUACUGGCGAAAUGAUGACGCUUCUCCCGAAAUAUUCUAUAGGACAGUUUGUCUUAAUAACUUCACUGCUGCUGGGUUCGCUUGGCGAUCCUAUUUUUUUCUACGGACGCGGAGGACAAGAAAUCAACAGGAAAAGGUCUUUCCAUCACCCCUUUGGACCCAGAUCCCCUCCUCCCCCUCCUAACAGACCACAUCCAAACAGAGUGCCUUGCCUUCCCAACUACAUUCAUAAGACAAAAUACAUCACAAAAACGACCUCGCUAUACAAAACUAUUUACGAAACGGAGUUCUUCCCCAAAACCGUUUUUGACACAAGUUUCAAGACAUUUGGCUUUGACUUUGACCCCUCGACGGUGACAACCACGUCCACCAGCACCAUAGUUAGCACCCGCGUGGAACCCGUUUACAUAACCACCACCGAGUUCGAGUCAACCUCAAUCACUUCGACAGUUACUCAACUGAUCUACGACACGAAACACCUCAUCAAUUCCUUGCAACACACCAGAUUUACUCCAGAAAUUAUCACCAAAACUAUAAUUCAAGACGUGUUCCACACGGACAUCGAGACUGUGUUUAGUAGUCGCACAGUUACCGUCACACGCACGGAGACCGCCAUCAACACUGAUUGUCCUGGUCUGCCAUCGUCUUCUGAUAGUCAAUUUUUGAGCAACACUUUUGAUUCGAGGGCCAGGCUCAAUAGGGAGCUCCUAAAAGCCAGUCUGUUUACUGCUCCUGUCGCGCCGGACUUGUACGAAGAUAUUAAACUGUCCAAUUCAAGGCCUAAAACUACUUACACUGGACUUCUCCCUCCGAGCAACAACGACGUUUUCAGCAGCUCCUAUAGAGAUGCAGCAAAUUACUUCAACCCUCUUGAUCCUUUGCAGCAACAGGUAUCGUCCCUCUAUGGUAGUUCCAAUGUGGGUUCCCAAAGCAACCCCUUCAUUCAUCCUGAUAAUAAACUAUUCAACAGCUUUGGUACUUCCCAUCUCAAUGCACAACCUCUCCAAAAUUAUCUGGUUCAUGCAGACUAUUCAUCUCGGUAUCAGAAUGUCGUAAAGCCUCCACCCGUCUUACCAGAGAAAGACAAGCCGUUCUACGACCAUCCCGACGACUACACACAGUUCACUCAGAAAGACAUAAAGUUUACACCCUCCCGCCCUGAUCCAACAAGCAUAUCUGACAUCAUCGGCCACCCGUCCGAUAGCGAAGAAACUCAAGAAGAUCAUUCAUAUGGAGUCCGCCAACAAAAACUUCUGUCACAGGGAGAUUCUCUUUAUGGAAUAAAAUCCACAUACCGUCCCACAGGGCAGAAGCCGAGUUAUACACCAGAAGACACUCAUUACAUCGGUGAAAAUCCUGACACGGGAGAAGACAUCCACAUAAGAGAAAUUCUAAAAGGCGUGAAAGGAGGAGAAAUCCACGAGGAAAUUCAUAACCAUGGUUUGGUUGAGCCCCGUUUUAUUCCUCACUCACCAGAGUUGACCCAUUUCAGAACUCAGAACUCAAAGUACUCCAAUUCCUACCAUGAAGGCCCCCCAGUGUACGUAGUCAGAAAUCAAGAGAUUCAUCAUACCAACACCGCAUCAUGAUUCAUCAACCUGCAACUCGCACUUCACGGACUCUCUUCCGGUCAGAAAUGACCCGACCAAAGGUAGUUGAU